CCAGGCAUGUGCCCUGACUGGGAAGCAAACCGUGAUCUCCUGGUUCAUAGGUCGACACUCAAUCACCGAGUUACUCAGGCCAGGCAAUCAACAGACUUUUGAGCAGCUCUUGGAAUACAACCACUAUUUACAUUAGAUUGAAAAUGUCCUAUUUACAAGUUUUAGGAACACACUCAUUUAUUAAGUGGGGAUUGCCUAAAUUAGCAAGCAUGCACCUGUGAGAGAAGAUGCUAAUUGCCUCCAAAUCCACAUUUUCUCCUUCAAUAUUAAUAGAAUUUCAGAUUUUUAGUUAGGCCUAUGGUCAGCUCUAAUAAAAACUAAAUUUCGGGGGGAGGAUGGGAGCAGGCUGGAAAAAGUUAAUGGGGGGAAAAGGAGGACCUAUGUAAUACUUCUAACAAAGAGUUUUUAAAAAAAACCACCUAAAUUUCUCAGCUUCCCUUGCAGCUACAUCUGUCCAUGUAAUUAAGUCCUAGUCAAUGAAAUGUAAGCAGAAGUGAUAUGUGCAUUUUCAGGAAAAUAUUUUUAAGGAAAGAGGGCAUGACCUUCUUCCCUCUUCCUCCUUCUCACUGACUGAAAUUGGGAUGUAAUGGCUGGAACUUGAGCAGCCAUAUCAAACUCUAACAUAAUCUUUGGAAUAAGAGCACACCCAGGAAUACCUGACACUUCAGGAAGGAACCCGGCAGGGCUGGGCGGGGAAGGAGCGCGGGUCGGCGGGUGGCGCGUCCAACCGCCGCCUGUCAAACGCCACUCGGGGCGUUUUACUUGCACCCCCUGGGGGCGACCCGGAGACGUCCGUGUUCCUGGCCACGACAGCGCAGGCCCUGGUACAGAAUUUAGCGCUUUCACGGGCUCUGUCGCUCCUAACCCUCCUGUCCCCGGCGAGGCGGUUGGAGACUUGCCAACGGUCAACUGCUUAGACUGUCGACACUUCCAAGAAGAAAAUGGCCCCCGGGGGCUUGGGACGCGCUCCUGGGACUGUCACGGAGCGAGCACUUGGCGGCCCCGCGCCCCCGGCUCGGCCUCCAGCCCCUCAGGACGCAGGCGCGGUCACUGAGCUCUCCCCGCGGAGACUCUCCGGACCGCACCCGCGCCGGCGCGUUGGGCGGCGAGAGGCGGGGCCUCGCCAGGCCCUACGUCACUUCCGUGGGACGGCGCGGGCGCGAGUCAGCAUGUUGUCAGCCGUUCGCCGCGGUCCAGUCCUGCUCCGGCUGCGGCGCUUCAGGCGGCGGCCGGGGGUCGCGCCCUGUCCGUCCCUGCGCGACCUUGGACGGGAGCCCGUCGAGAGAGCUCGGUCCCGGUGUAGCGACUCCUCGCAAAGAGACGCGCGAGAUGGACGGAGAGAGCGCGAGGCCGCGCCGAAGAAGGCUCCCGCCGCAGAGUCGCCUCCAUCACUCCCUCCGAGCGGCCGGGGCAUUGGGGCCAGAUGUCUUUCGUCACUGGAAAGCCUCCGACCGCCGGCGCCUCGAGAGGAGCCAUCCCUUCGAGAGCGCGAGGACUCGAGCGGAGACCUGGCCCUGUCCGAUCCCGCACACCGGGCGUCCGGGGGUUCCUCCCUGCCCGCCCUGGUGGCAGAACUUCACGGCUCCUCUCCCUGGUCCACUUCCAGGGAGGAGCCCUUUCGGGCUGGGGAGCUGAUUUUAGCUGAGACUGGGAAGAGAGAAACACAAUUUAAAAAAUUGUUUCGGCUGAGCAACGCCGGGCGUUUAAAUAGCAGCUGGGGGGUAGUCCCGUUCAGCGACAUCGUGGGGAAGUUCCCCGGCCAGAUGCUGAGGAGCUCCUUUGGUAAGCACUUCCUGCUGAGGAGGCCGGCACUGGAAGACUAUGUGUUACUGAUGAACAGAGGUCCUGCCAUAACGUAUCCGAAGGAUAUAAGUAUGAUGCUGUUGAUGAUGAAUAUUCACCCAGGAGAUACUGUUUUGGAAGCUGGCUCUGGCUCUGGUGGAAUGAGCUUAUUUUUAUCCAAAGCAGUUGGAUCACAAGGACGGGUCAUAAGUUUUGAAAUACGAAAAGACCACCAUGAACUGGCUAAGAAGAAUUACAAACACUGGCGUGAUUCAUGGAAAAUUAGUCAUGUAGAAGAGUGGCCAGACAACGUGGAUUUUAUUCAUAAAGAUAUUUCAGAAGCAAGUGAAGACAUAAAAUCUUUAAAAUUUGAUGCGGUAGCUUUGGAUAUGUUGAAUCCUCAAGUUGCUUUGCCUGUUAUAUACCCUAAUCUUAAACAGGGUGGUACAUGUGCUGUAUAUCUAGCAAACAUCACACAGGUUAUUGAACUUUUAGAUGGAAUUCGCAUCUGUGAAUUUGCUCUCUCAUGUGAAAAGAUAAGUGAAGUCAUUGUCAGAGAUUGGUUGGUUUGCCUUGCAAAACAGAAAAAUGGAAUUUUAGCUCAAAGAGUAGAACCUGAAAUCAACGUGGAUUUACAAUUACAAUCUCAAAAGAUUAGAGCUGAAGGUGAGAUGCUUCAGGAUGGCCCUGGUGAGAUGCUUCAGGAGGAUGGCCACGAAGAAUCUCAUUCUGAUUUUCCAUAUGGAUCAUUUCCCUAUGUUGCUAGACCUGUACACUGGCAAACUGGUCAUACAGCUUUUCUUGUCAAGUUGAGGAAGUUCAAACCACAACUUAACUGAGUACCUCAGAUGACGGCAACUGAUUCGAAGACAGAAAAGUAUCAAAAUAGAACUUUAUGUUGCAAAUCAUUACUUUUGUAGAUUGGUAUUUUUAGCUAUUACUGUGAUUUGUAUAACUUUUACUUAUAAUUCUGAAAAAUAACAAAAGCUAAAGAAAGAUGUGUAGCAUUUUAAAACUGCUUAAAUGUCCACUUUGACAACUGUCUUGUAGUUAGUUUGACAUAUUGUAGUUAAUGAUUCCAAGUUGUUUUAGUUGAGCCAU